AUGACGGACACCAGUGCUACAUCAAGCAUUCCAAAGAAGGACACGAACCAGCAGUCUUCAGCUGACUCUGACAGCGAAGCAGAAGACAUCUUUCACGAUGCCCGGUUCCCCGCUGAAGAAGAAUCCCGUCUCCUAAAAGAGUCUCAGACAAUCAAAUCGGAAGCGAAUAAGCUGUUUAUUUCUGCGUGCUACGAUCAAGCGAUAUCCUCUUACGACCGUGCCCUCGCCUCGUGUCCGAACUAUCUCGAUUACGAUGUCGCGGUUCUCCGGAGUAACAUUAGCGCAUGUUAUCUGAAAUUGGAGGAUUGGAAGGCAGCUGUCGAUUCUGCAACAGCAUGUCUUGAUUGUUUGGACCGGGUGAUUCCACCGUCCGCACAGCAGGAUACAGACCAAUCGAAGGGGAAGGAAACGGCCGAACCCCAAGAAGAUGCCGUGGUUGAGAUCUCCGGAGAUGAUGAAGAUGCGGAAAAGGAGGAACUAGAACGACUGCGAAAGAUUGAUGAACAGAAGCGCGAUGUUGAACGGAUACGAGGCAAAGCCCUCACGCGACGGGCUAAGGCACGGUCCCAACAGGGCGGCUGGGCAAAUCUUCAAGGAGCGGAAGAGGACUAUAAGACACUUACUGCCAUGGAUAAUCUGCCACCGGAUGACAGACGGGUUGUUCAGAAGGCUCUUCGGGAGCUUCCUGCGAGGAUAAACCAGGCUCGGGAGAAGGAGACGUCGGAAAUGAUGGGCAAACUGAAGGAUUUGGGAAAUGGUAUCCUCAAACCGUUUGGGCUGUCCACGGACAACUUCAACUUUGUUCAAGAUCCCAAGACGGGUGGUUACAGCAUGAAUUUCCAGUGA